AUGUCAAACUUAAUGGUAGUGUAGAUUGGCAAGCUUUAUCAACAAAGUCAUCUCAAUAAUCAACUGCACACCAUCAACAAACGUGUAUCAGAAUAUCAGAGAUAUCCUGUCAACAAGGUCAACAACCAACGAUGAAAGCGAAAAUUGGUCCAUCGAUUCUAAAUGCUGAUUUAUCUCAGCUGUACGAAGAGUCGGACAAAUUGCUGCAGAAUGGUGCCGAUUACUUGCAUUUAGAUGUCAUGGACGGUCAUUUCGUACCUAACCUAACGUUCGGCCAUCCAGUGGUCAAGUGUUUGCGAAACAAAAUCAAAGAGGCCUUCUUCGAAACGCACAUGAUGGUAUCGAAGCCAGAGGAAUGGGUUGAAAGUAUGGCUGAUGCCGGUGUUGAUCAAUAUACAUUCCACAUCGAACCGGUUCAGGGUCAGGUAGCAAAGAUUUGUCGUCAGGUUCGCGAGGCUGGUAUGAAAGUCGGCUUAGCACUGAAGCCCGGAACGGAAGUCGAAGUUGUGAAAGAAUUCAUUCCGUUGGCUGAUAUGAUUCUGAUCAUGACUGUGGAGCCGGGAUUCGGCGGUCAAAAGUUUAUGGCCGAUAUGAUGCCCAAGGUGAAAUGGUUGCGUGACAACUAUCCGCAAUUGGACAUUGAAGUGGACGGUGGUGUCGGACCGGAUACAAUACAUGCGUGCGCCAAUGCUGGUGCUAAUAUGAUCGUUUCCGGAUCGGCUAUCAUUCGAGCCGACAACCAGAAGGAGGUUAUAACGUUGCUGAAGAAGACCGUUGAAGGUGUGAUCAAUGGUUGAUGGAGUGAUCAAUGGUUGAAGGAAUUGCUUAUGCACUGGGUGUUGGGAAGAUGCUGUGGCUAUGUUCGAAUUUUUUAUAUUUUUCUAAUUACAAAGAUGGAAAUGUUCGAAA